CCAGUGGCAGCGAAAGUGGUCAAAGCACCGCUAAGCCCAGCAGUGUUUCAAUCGCAGAGACAUCGAGAGAGUGCCGCAGUCAUGUUGAACAAUAGUGGAGGUUGGAAAAUGAAUUUUUCUUCCUCAUCUGAAGCAGAAGGGGAAGCCGAGGGGAACGGGAAGGACG